AUGGCUUCUACUCCUCCCCAAGCUGACUACGGCAAGGAGGCCGUUCUCGAUGUCAGCGAGAACCACGAUGUCGAGACCGGCGAGGUCAAGAACGGUGGUCUCCAGCGAGAUCUCAAGAACCGACACAUGCAGAUGAUUGCCAUCGGUGGUGCUAUCGGUGCUGGUCUCUUCGUCGGUUCGGGUGGUGCCCUUCAGAAGGGUGGCCCCGCUGCUCUCCUCAUCGGUUACCUCAUCAUCGGUAUCAUGCUUCUCUGCACAUGCUUGGCCCUGGCUGAGAUGGCUGUCCUCUACCCCGUCAACGGUGCCUUCUUCACAUACAUCUGCCGCUUCGUCGAUCCUUCUUGGGGCUUCGCCAUGGGUUGGCAAUACGCUUUGGCUUGGUUGACUGUGCUCCCCUUUGAACUGAUCGCCGCCUCCAUCACUAUCAAGUUCUGGAGAGAAGAUAUCAACAUGGCUGUCUGGGUCUCUGUCUUCCUCGUCACUCUCAUUGGUAUUCAGUUCUUCGGUGUUCGAGGAUACGGUGAGGUCGAGUUUGUGCUCUCCAUCAUCAAGAUCUGCGCCUGUGUUGGUUUCAUCAUCCUUGGUAUUGUCAUCAACUGUGGUGGUGUCGGCGACCAGGGCUACAUUGGUGUCAAGUACUGGCAGGACCCUGGUGCUUUCACCAGCUUCAAGGGUUUCUGCGCUGUCUUUGUCGUCGCUGCUUUCUCUUUCGGUGGUACUGAGAUGGUUGGUCUUGCUGCUGCCGAGUCUGCCGACCCCCGCCGAUCCAUCCCCAUGGCUAGCAAGCAGGUCUUCUGGCGAAUUGCCAUUUUCUACAUCCUCAACCUGUUCAUCGUCGGUCUCAUCCUCCCCGCCAACGACCCGCGUCUCAUGGGUGCCAGCGGUGCCAACACCAAGGCCUCUCCCUUCGUUCUUGCUAUCCAGGAUGCUGGUAUCAAGGUCCUCCCUAGCAUCAUGAACGCUGUCAUCACCGUUGCUGUCCUCUCUGUUGCCAACUCCUGCACUUUCGGUUCCACCCGAACCAUCCAGGCUAUGGCUGAGCGCAACAUGGCCCCCGGCUUCUUCAAGUACAUCGACUCCAAGGGCCGCCCUCUGUACUGUGUUCUCCUCCAGAUCGUCUUCGGUCUCCUCGCCUACAUCGGUGCCGCUCCUCAGGGUAUGGAGAUCUUUGGCUGGCUCCUGGCCCUUACUGGUCUCGGUUUCCUCUUCGUCUGGGGUUCUAUCUGCCUUGCCCACAUCCGCAUGCGCGCUGGUAUGAAGGCACAGGGUGUCAACCUCGGCCUCGUCCCCUACAAGACCCCCUUCGGCGUCGCUGGUUCUUACCUCGGACUCGGACUUAACAUUCUCGCUCUCAUCGCAUCUUUCUACACUGCUCUCUACCCUGCCUCUGGAGCCUCCCCUGCCGCUGAGGCCUUCUUCAGCUCUUACCUGGCUUUCUUCUCUGUCACCAUCCUCUACGUCGGUUACAAGGUCUGCACUCGCAAGUGGCAGAUGUAUGUCCGACCUUCUGAGAUGGAUCUCAGCACUGGAGCUGUCUUCCUCGAGGAGGAGGAGCCCAAGGAGCCUUUCGUCUGGGCUGACGCCCCCAAGCGAGUGCUCCGCAGCUUCUUUUAA